UUCCAUUUUGUGUGAGCCUUUCGAGUUAAAUGCACGCCGGGUGCCUGAUCUGCUUCCUCCACCUCCAGUGUCUGGACUCCGCUCCCCUCUUCCCCUCCUGUCCUGUCCUGUCCUGUCCAACCAUCGUCUCUUGCUCGGGCAGGCAGCAGAGAGGAGAGCCCAUCAACUUCACUCGACUCGACUCGACUCACCACCCCUCCCCAUCCCUGCUGCCGCUUACUGCUCACUGUCCAAGCUGUGGUGGUUGGGCUCUUCUCACUCGUCUCGUCUUUUGUUUUCUCGUCCGUCCAAUUCUCUCCGCUCUUGUUACUUUUUUAUUCCUCUUUAUUGACCAGAACCCCUCCCGCUUGAAGCUUCUCUGACUUCUUUGCUCACAGGGCAAGGAGCAUAUUUGACUGGCUGACUGACUGACGGACUUACUUACUUACUUACUGACUGACCCACUGUCAACGUACAAAGGGGAGUGGAGAUCUGCAAUCGAGAACUUCUCUGAUCUCUCUCUCCCCACCUCACACAUACUCUGUCUGUCUCGAGCUCGUUCGGUUCAGUUCACACGGUGGACACCCGCCUCGAACUUAGCAGAAUUUUCGCAGUGCAGCAGGUUCACGAAGAUCGAACGCUUCUUCACUGGGGGCUCGACUGGUGGGUGUUAAGAGUUCGGAGCAGGGAAGGGGCGGAGUAGUGCUGGAUUUUCUCGACUGAGCAAUUGCUGUAGACUCUGAGGAGACGGGACGGAAGGGAAGAAGCAAUUGGUGGGUAUUAUAGCGAGGAUUGGUGCAAGUCUCUAUUUGCGCCAUGGCCACGGUGCAAUUAGGGGUCCCGGCCGCUGGUCUGGGUUAUGCCGAUUCGGCUUGGUUGCGGACGAGUUGCGAUCCGUCGUCGUUGAAGAAGGGAUUGCAAAAUCUGUCGUUCACCUCGAUCAAGGCCGACGAGCAUAAGAGGAAGGAGGUCUGCCGAGCUGCUUACAAUGCUGGGGAUACGAACUGGCCCAUGUCAACCAGCCCCUAUGUCGAUCCCACGAUGGGCGGCCGCGCUGCGCAGUGGCAGAGUUCAUGCGCUGUUCUGUCCGGCCAGUGGGCUAGCACCCAGAUUGAGGAAGAGAAAGGGAUCGAUAUUGAACAAGUGCCAACGAUUGUCGGAAAUUCGAAUCUGGAAAUCUCGUCCCGUGAUCUGAUGACAUUACCGAAGCCACUGUCAGUGACUGACUUAGCUCUCCAGCCCAGGCACGGAUCUCAGCUGCGCGUUGCUUAUCAGGGUGUGCCAGGAGCUUAUAGCGAAGCUGCUGCUGCCAAGGCGUACCCUAAUUGCGAGGCCGUUCCAUGUGAACAAUUUGACGCUGCAUUUCAGGCAGUGGAGUUAUGGCUUGUCGAUCGGGCUGUGCUUCCAAUUGAAAACUCGCUUGGUGGCAGCAUCCAUCGGAAUUAUGAUCUUUUGCUGCGUCAUCGUCUACACAUUGUCGGAGAAGUCCAACUUGCAGUCCAUCACUGCCUCAUGGCGCUUCCGGGAGUCCAAACCACUGAUCUGAAGCGAGUUGUCAGCCAUCAGCAGGCUCUUGCUCAGUGUGAGCACACGCUGUCGAAACUCGGAGUGACUCGUGAAGCUGUUGAUGAUACCGCAGGUGCUGCACAGUUCAUCGCCGCUAAUGGACUUAGGGAUACAGGAGCCGUUGCAAGUGCUCGUGCUGCAGAAAUAUAUGGCUUAAAUAUUCUUGCGGAUGGUAUCCAGGAUGACUCUGACAACGUUACACGUUUCCUGAUGCUGGCUAGAGAGCCCAUCAUCCCUAGAAACGACAGACCUUUCAAGACCAGCAUUGUCUUCACUUUGGAGGAAGGGCCAGGAGUUCUGUUCAAGGCCUUAGCUGUUUUCGCUCUGAGGAGUAUCAACUUGACAAAGAUUGAAAGUCGUCCUCAAAGAAAGAGACCCUUACGCGUCGUGGAUGACAGCAACAAUGGCACAGCGAAAUAUUUUGACUAUCUUUUCUACAUCGAUUUUGAAGCAUCAAUGGCAGACCCAAGAUCUCAAAAUGCCCUCGGUCACCUCCAAGAAUUUGCUACCUUCCUUAGGGUGCUGGGAAGUUAUCCAAUGGAUAUUACUCCUUGCCAACCUUGAACAGGGGCGAUAAUUUCAAAUGUUUUGUAGCGCAAGAGUUAGAAUCGAGGAAGGAGUUCAUACAUGAUACAUCGCCUAUGUCAGGCGUUCUGUUCACUUCUUUCAUUAUUCCUGUCUUUCCCAACCUAUCCCUUUUACACAUCCAUCAUCUCCCUGAAUGAGAGACAAAAUAUUUUCCUUGUCAGAGGGUGUGAGUGGAAAGUGCACGUAGAACUGUACAGCCCUCUGUGAGUAAUUUCAAAGUACGACACACUAAUAGCAUCUGUACAAAUAAUUCCUACAGCCCCAUGAUAUACUGGUACAAUUCAUGUUCCUGUAUGCUCAAGUAAGCAGCAGCUCACGUAGUUGGAUAUCUUAGGACUAUUUUCAAAUGGUUUUUAACUUUGCAAGGAGCAGCCCACGUAACUGUUGCGAGAGGAGUGGCAAAUGCCAUUCCUGAACAGAACACUGUAAGAAUAUAUACUAAAUUGGUCUCUUUAAUUUUGUUCCUGGGUACUUGUACAGUGCAUUCAAUCUUCUAUUUUGUGGAGG